AUAAGUUUGUUUUUUAUAAGCAAAAAUCAAAAUAAAUAUAAAAAAAGAAUUUAUUAUAAAUACAAAUGAAAUUCAAUAAAAAAUAAACGUGUGUGAGUUUCUAAAACCCCUUUUUUGCGACAAAAGAUAAAAUUGGUGAAGAGCAUGAAAAGAAAUUAAAUAAAGAAAAUUGAUUGAAAAUAAAAGCAAAAUAAAAAAAGUUAAAUAAAUAUUUAACACCAGAGAUAACAACAAAUAAAGGCAAUGUUAAAUAAAAUAGUUAUUCUUACCAUUAAAAUAAAAUAAGAAAAAUUUUGUACUAAAAUAUUUGUGUGAAAACGUUAAGUGAAACAGUUAAUAAAAGUGAAAGAAAGAGAUUGCUUAAAGAGAGAUAGAAAGAAAACUAAUUGAAUUUUAAUUAAUACAUUUUUAAUAAAUGUAACAAUAUUUUGGAUAAAUUCGCACGUUUGACUACGCAAAUUUCAAGUGACAGUUUGUUACAGCAGCAGACAACGAACGACGUUAUUAAAUUUGAUUACUCUACAGCAGCAACAAGAACAUCCAGAAUAACAACAAAGUAAAUAUUUAAGAAAAAAAUAUCUAGUGCAUCUUUUCUACUCCUCUUUUUGUGUUUGGAAAGUAAAAUAAAACAACAACAAAUUACCGUACAACAACAACUUUAACAUAAACAACUUAUAACAUAUUUUUUUAAAUCUGCCAGCAAAAAAUUGCAAUUAAAUUAAAUAGUAAUAAAGAAAUCAAAUACUAAACAUAACAUAAAUCAAAAAAAAAAAAAGAAUACUGAAUUUCUUAAAAAUAACGCUCUGCAAAAAAUAUCAUUAAAUUAUUAAAAGAAAACCAAAAAAACCUCACAUGUUUUUCAUACGUAUUUAUCAUAAGGUGGGGUUUGGCGUUUUAAAAUAAAUAAAUAUAAAAUAAUAAAAAAAUAAGUGCCAAUUAGCAAGCCAAAACAAGUGUUAAAGUAAAAUUGCAAAGAUAUUUUCACAAAAAGAAAAAAAUGUUUUAAUUUUUAAAUAACAAUAACAAACAAUAAAACUUCCAACAACUGCCAGAGCUGUUAAUUUUAAACAGCAAAAUUAGUUAUAAAUAAAAUUUUCUUUAAAACCCCCCUCUGUUUCAAUAUUUGUUUCAAAAAUAGGCAAAAAAGUGCAAUUAUUUCAAAAUUUCUAUCUAAAUAGUCCACUGGUCAAAAUGGGCUUCUCGUCGGCCCUACAGGGCCGUGCUGCCCACGAGGCGUUAGUUGUACGACAAGAUGCCGAACUGCGUUUAAUGGAAAUUAUGAAACGUACCAUGCAACUGAAGGCGAAAAACGACAAAGAAUAUGCCAUCGGUUUGGCCGCUGUAGCACAGCAGGGUUUGAAAAUCGAUCGGGCUGAUGAAAUGCAAGGUAGUCUUAUAACAAAAUCCUGGCGCUCCUACAUGGAUGAAUUAGAUCAACAAGCUAAACAGUUUAAAUCCAAUGCCGAACAAAUCGAAGUCGUAUGUGAAAAAUUAGCCCACUUGUCACAGGACAAGCGUAAGGCUAGAAAAACAUACCAAGAAGAACAUACAAAAAUAGCAGCCAGAUUAAAUCAUGUAAGUUUAAAACUGUUUUCUACAUAUAAAUUUUUAAGUAAGUAGCAAAUAAUAAAUAAGAGAUGAGCUUUAGAACUUCAGGUGAAAAGCUGUAAGCAAAAGCUUACUGUAGAAAAAAAGUCAUAUCCAAAGCUUUCAUUAGAAAACAUAUCUUAU